GCGGGACUUCAGCGGAGGCUGGAGCUAGGCGUCGGGAUGCAGCGCCCCGGGCCCUUCAGCACCCUCUACGGGCGGGUCUUGGCCCAGCUGCCCGGGAGGGCCGGGGGCGCGGCCUCUGGCGGAGGAGGGAACAGCUGGGACCUCCCGGGUUCCCACGUGCGGCUGCCGGGGCGUGCACAGUGCGGGACCUGUGGCGGUGCUGGCAACACAAGCACCAGCUGCGGGGACUCCAACAGCAUCUGCCCGGCCCCCUCCACGAUGUCCAAGGCCGAGGAGGCCAAGAAGCUGGCGGGCCGCGCGGCCGUAGAGAACCACGUGAGGAAUAACCAAGUGCUGGGAAUUGGAAGUGGUUCUACAAUUGUCCACGCUGUGCAGCGAAUAGCUGAACGGGUGAAGCAAGAGAAUCUGAACCUCGUCUGUAUUCCCACUUCCUUCCAGGCCCACCAGCUCAUCCUGCAGUAUGGCUUGACCCUCAGUGACCUGGAUCAACACCCAGAGAUCGACCUUGCCAUCGAUGGUGCUGAUGAAGUAGAUGCUGAUCUCAAUCUCAUCAAGGGCGGCGGAGGCUGCCUGACCCAGGAGAAGAUUGUGGCUGGCUAUGCUAGUCGCUUCAUUGUGAUCGCUGAUUUCAGGAAAGAUUCGAAUAAUCUCGGGGAUCAGUGGCACAAGGGAAUCCCCAUCGAGGUCAUCCCAAUGGCUUAUGUCCCAGUGAGCCGAGCUGUGAGCCAGAAGUUUGGGGGUGUAGUUGAACUUCGAAUGGCUGUCAACAAGGCUGGUCCUGUGGUGACAGAUAAUGGGAAUUUUAUCUUGGACUGGAAGUUUGACCGGGUACACAAAUGGAGUGAAGUGAAUACAGCUAUCAAAAUGAUCCCAGUGAAUGAAUUUGAGCAUCUUUUAAAAUGUUUAUUGGCCAUUUUGGAUAGCUUCUUUUAUGAGGUGUGGUGGACACAGGCCUAUUCAUCAACAUGGCUGAGAGAGUCUACUUUGGGAUGCAGGAUGGCUCAGUGAACAUGAGGGAGAAGCCUUUCUGUUGACCCUGCAAGGAGCAGAGUGUGUUCACCUUGAGUCUCCAGCCCACAGCCAAGGUGAACGUACCUCUCCAGGAGCCUUUGCCUUAAUGUAUCUCUGCCAGGGUGGACAACUGGUGGCGGAGGGGGGCGGGGAGGGAGAGUGGGAGGGGGAGUUAAAUCGGUCUUAUGAAGUAUUGUUAUUAAAUGUCUUUUUAAAAAGAGAAAUAUAAACAUAUAUUUUUACUAUUAAAAUAUUCAGUUUUUUUAAAUAAAGUAGAACUUGAUUUCAUGUUUUAUAUGAAAUAUUUACCAAAAAAAAAAAAAAAAAAAGGGAGAGCUGAACUGUAUUUAAAACCUUUGACUUGAGUCUGCUGGUAAAGCUUCUGAAUAUUGGGUUUGCUGAGAAAUAAAAAUCAAAACUUCUUUAAGCUGGUAAAGUGAGGGUCCCAGCCAGCAGUGAUCUCCUGAUGCCUUACUAGAAACUUUGUUUACUUGUCUGCUACCCUCUGUUUUGUUUUUAGUUAGUUUUCAUUGUGAGCACACAUAAUACCUAGUUACAUCUUAAGAUCAGGUUUAUAAAACUGUGGAGUGGAGCCGUAUGGUAUGGAAUGACUUGGAAUGUAAGCUAUCAGGGAGAAAAUGUGGUUAUACUUUUGCUAAGAUCUGGGGGUUUCUUCAUAUCCCUGCUGUUGGAAGCAGUUGACCAGAAAUGUUUGCCAGUACUGCCAAAGCACUGCUGUGAAAUGUGAAGUACUUUGUUUUUUUGUUUUUAAUGAUUUUCUUUUUGUUGUUAAUAUUUUUUUCUGUUCUUUUGUUAUUACUUGCAUGGUUUGGCGUCAGAAGUCCUUACCUCUUUAUAUUGUCUGCAGGUUUAAAUAAAACAGUGUGGUGCCAUUUUGA